UUCAGAUAGCAAAGCACUACGCUGCUCUCUAAAAAAACCAACCUCUAACACAAAGCAUGAAAGCUGGAUAUGGGAGACAGCUCUCUCGGCAGCUGAGACAGAUCUGCAUGUGACAGUCUGCUGCACAGCUGAACAGAAGAUAACCACCGUUGCUGCUACUUCAGAGACACAACCAGGAACCAGGACUCUUUUGCCAGACUGACACAUCACAGAGGGACACUGAUUGCCACACAAGACUACAUAGAUAACCUGAGUUCUUCAACAACAUUCAACGUCUGACAGCUGCUGAUUUGCAGGAGUCAAAAUGUGGCUACCUAUUUAUUCUAUUCUGAGCUGCAGUCUUGUUCUAGCUUCAGGAUACAACUCCUUUCAGAAAAGCAUAGAAGCUCUAGGCAAGAAGCAGUACCAAGUCCAGCAUGGAUCAUGUAGCUAUACUUUUCUUCUGCCCGAGAUGGACAAUUGCCGGUCUUCUUCUACCACUUAUGUUCCUAAUGCUGUACAGAGGGAUGCACCCCUAGAUUAUGACGAUUCUACACAGAAGCUGCAGCUGCUGGAAAAUAUCCUGGAAAAUAACACUCAGUGGCUGAUGAAGCUUGAAAGUUAUAUCCAGGAUAACAUGAAAAAAGAAAUGGUGGAGAUCCAGCAGAAUGCAGUGCAGAAUCAGACAGCAGUCAUGAUUGAAAUUGGCACCAAUCUGCUAAAUCAAACAGCUGAGCAGACUCGCAAAUUAACAGAUGUUGAAGCACACGUACUGAAUCAGACAACAAGGUUGGAGCUUCAACUUCUGGCACAUUCCCUUUCAACUAGCAGACUAGAAAGGCAAAUUUUGGAUCAGACCAGUGAGAUAGGCAAACUGCAAGAAAAAAACAGCUUUUUAGAAAAAAAAGUCCUUGACAUGGAAGACAAGCACAUGCUUCAGCUACAAUCAAUGAAGGACGAAAAGGAUAAGCUACAGUCAAUAGUGUCCGGACAAAACUCCAUAAUAAAAGAACUAGAGCAACAGCUGGUCACAGCCACAGCUAACAACUCAUUUCUGCAAAAACAGCAACACGAUCUAAGAGAGACAGUUCAGAACUUGUUCUUUAUGAUUUCUACACCAAACCCAUCCAAAAAUGCUUUGGUGGCUACUGAAGAACAGAUCAGCUUCAAGGACUGUGCUGAAGCAUUCAAAUCAGGACUUUCAACCAGUGGAGUCUACACAUUAAUAGUCCCUAAUACCAGAGAAGAGAAGAGGGCAUAUUGUGAUAUGGAGACCAGUGGUGGAGGGUGGACAGUUAUUCAGCGACGCUCAGAUGGCAGUGUAGACUUUGAUCGAACGUGGAUGGAAUACAAGAUGGGAUUUGGAAAUCCUUCCGGGGAACACUGGCUGGGAAAUGAGUUGGUUUCUCAACUAACUAAUCAGAAGCAAUACAUGCUUAGAAUGCAUCUGAAAGACUGGGAAGGAAGUGAGGCAUAUUCCUUAUAUGAACAUUUCUAUCUAGGAAGUGAAGAACUAAAAUACAAAAUCUACCUUAAAGGACUUUCGGGUACAGCAGGCAAAAUAGGUAGCAUAAGCCAACCAGGAAAUGGUUUUAGCACAAAGGAUGCAGACAAUGACAAAUGCAUCUGCAAAUGCUCCCAAAUGUUAACUGGAGGCUGGUGGUUUGAUGCAUGUGGUCCUUCCAACCUAAAUGGCUUGUACUAUCCAAUGCGACAAAAUACAAACAAGUUCAAAGGGAUUAAAUGGUACUACUGGAAAGGAUCAGGCUAUUCUCUCAAGGCUACAACUAUGAUGAUCCGACCAGCAGAUUUCUAAAAACUUCUGCACUUUUUAGAAUGUACAUAUUGAAAUAACUGUACUUUGCAAAUAUUUUAUUUUCAGAACACAGCACAACCUACAGGCUUUCUAAGUUGGUGGUAUGUGGAUACAUCUUGCAAGAAUCAGCUUGUUUUAGUUUCCAAAUUUUUAAAAAGGUCCAGAAAGAAGACAUACCUGAUGUAAUAAUAUUUGGUAAAAGACAAAGUGAAAAGGACUGCCUGAAAGACUUUGUUUUCUUGAACAUUUAUGAUGUGUAUGUAUAUAACUGGAAUUGUGAAAUACACAUAACACUACACCCACAUUUACUUAAGUCUUAGAAGUACCACUUUAUGCCUUAUUGCUGAAUUUUAA